AUGGCUUCCGAACCCACCACCAUCGAGUCUGACAAACAAGAAUCGCCUGCUUCCCCUGGAAUCCUUGCAGCAGACGAAACCACCUUGAAGGAUGAGACUCUUGAUAGUGGGUUCGUCCUCGAGCGAAAGGGUAUUUUGGUGAUAUUCACACUAUGUGUGCUCGCGUUGAUGGCCGCUCUCGAUGGAACCUCCAUCUCCGUUGCUCUACCGAUCAUGGCCAAAGAUCUUAAUGGAACUGCUAUCGAAGCAUUUUGGACUGGAACCUCAUUCCUGCUCUGCUCUACAGUGUUCCAACCAAGCUUUGCAUCCUUCUCCAAUAUCUUCGGCCGUCGCCCAGCAGUCUUGGCUGCAAUCUUGUUCUUCUGUAUCGGUGCUAUCGUGUCAGCAGUCGCAAAGAACUUCACGCAGAUGCUAGUCGGCCGGUCUAUUCAGGGCGUCGGUGGUGGCGGUAUCAUUGCACUCGCGGAAAUAGUCAUCACGGAUCUCGUACCUUUGCGGUAUCGUGGACAGUACUUCGGCAUCCUUAGCGGGAUGUGGAGUAUUGGUUCGGUGACUGGACCUAUUCUUGGAGGAGGCUUUGCCCAGAAUGUCUCGUGGCGCUGGGUAUUUUACAUCAAUUUUCCAUUCAUUGGUAUCGGUACAGCUCUUGUCGUUCUAUUCCUCACUUUGAGGCUCGCCCCUAGCUCCCUCCUCGAGAAACUACGUCGGAUUGACUAUACCGGUACCCUCCUCUUCGUCGGCAGUCUAUCUUCCUUCUUGAUUCCACUCACAUGGGGCGGUGUUUCCUAUGCCUGGGACUCAUGGCACACUCUCGUCCCUCUACUCAUUGGAGUCGCAGGACUAGCUGCAUUCACCUUUUACGAAUACCGCUACGCCAAAGAGCCCAUCAUUCCUCCGGCUAUUUUUGUGAACCGCACAGCUGUCGUCUCUUUCGUUGGGAGUGUCCUCCAAGGUCUUGUUCUAUGGUGUGCACUCUACUACCUACCUCUCUACUACGAAGCCGUGAAGGAGUACAAGCCUGUCAUCGCCGGAGUGGCACUAUUCCCCCAGACCUUCACCACUGCCCCUUGUGCCAUUGUGGUCGGGAUCGUGAUCACAAAGACUGGCAAAUAUCGCUGGGCAAUCUGGAUGGGCUGGACUAUUUCCACCAUCGGAAUGGGCCUGCUAUGCAUCAUCAAGAGAGAUACCAGUAUUCCGGGUUGGAUCUUCCUUAACCUUGUGAGUGGAGUGGGUCUGGGAGCGCUCUUCCCUUCGCUCGGCUAUGCGGUCCAGGCUUCUGCGGAUCCAAGCAACCUCUCUAUUGCAGUCGCGAUGUUCAGUUUCUUCCGUGCCUUGGGUCAGGCUAUCGGGGUUGCCGUUGGAGGUGUCGUCUUCCAGAAUCAGAUGUACCACAACCUGAUGAAGUACCCUGCUCUGGCCCCAAUGGCUAGUUCAUACAGCAAGGAUGCUGCAGGUCUUGUACAGGUAAUCCAGGCCAUGCCAGCUGGUGCUGACAAGAUUGAUCUCAAGGAUGCGUACACUGACAGCCUGCGCAUUGUGUGGGCUGUUUGUUGCGCUAUCUCUGGCGUUGCAUUGCUACUCAGCCUGUUCACCCAAGAGUAUGACCUUGAUCGAGCUCUUGAAACGGAGCAGGGCCUCGACGAAAAGAAAAAGGAGAGCGAUUUGGAACAUAAUGCGGAAAGCUCAACUGAUUAA